ACGAAACUCGGUAGGUUCAAAUGCAGAGAAAUACACAGUUGCUCAAGGUGCCCCUGGUCCAUUCGUUGGACGUUGGUUUAUGUACGCUUCUCACAACAGAUUUGUUUCCUCUACUCAAAUCACCUUCACUCGUCUACUCUCCAGAAGAGAAAUUAAAAAGUGUCCCCCAUUUUAGUUUGCUUCCUCCUUCCAAAUUAAUCAACUUAUCUAAAGCACCCUCAUCAUCAUCAAUUUCAAAAAUGUCAGCCGAAGGUGAAGACGUUGUCGUCGGAGAAGAAAAAAAGGAAGAAGCAGAAGAAACUGCAGUGACUGAAAUCAACCCUCACGAUAUUGAGAAGCAGGAGGAAGAUAAGUUAAAAAUCAAAUACCCAGCAGCGGCCAAACCCAUGGCUGGACACUCUGCCUUCUUGCAGAAAAGGUUAGCCAAGGGUCAAAAGUACUUUGACUCUGGGGAUUAUCAGAUGGCCAAACAAACAGGAAAGGGCAAAGUUAACAGACCGAUGCCACCAAUUUUGUCAGUAGCACCAGAAAUACCCACGGCUGAAAAUGUCACGACCAGAAAGACGAGCGUGGUACAACCAUCAAAGUUGGCGAGUACUUGAGCAUGCAAAUCCAUUCCACAAUAAUUCAGUCCAAUUAAUUGUAAAUAUACGUAUAUGAGAAUAAUAAUAAUAAUAAUAAUAAAUACAGCUUACUCAUCUCAGUGAAGCUAUUCCUCUCA